AUGUUAGACUCAGACGGCCUGCUGCAAUACGCUCAGCAGGCCGAGACAGAGCUCUCCACAAUGCAGUUGGAUGAGUUGGCUGAAGAUCAGGAGAUUGAAGCGCUACUGCACGAUGUGAGAGCAACAGAGUUCCCGCAAUUGCAAGACACAACGUUCCUUGAUCACGCUGGGUCCACACUGGCAUCAAAGACUCAGCUGGACGCGCACAUGAACGAUAUUCAGCACACACUCUACUCCAACCCACACAGCCAGAAUCCAAGCAGUGUGCGUACAACAGAAGCGAUCGAGCGCGUGCGUGAGCGAGUCCUGCGCUUUUUCAACACCACAUCGAGCACACACACACUUGUGUUCACCAGCGGUGCGACAGGGGGUAUGAGCAUACUCGCAAACUCAUUUCCAUGGGAGGGUGCACAGUGCAAGUCAUGCUUAGGAGAGCGUAAAGAGACUAGCUGUGGCAAUACAGCCAGUUUCACGUACUUGAACAGCAAUCACACGUCCGUUGUGGGCGUGAGGGGGAUGGCAGAACAUUCGGGCGCACGCAUCUCCACACUGACAGCCAAUGAGAUGCAAAGGUUAGCCACAGAGUCAAUGACACGCACCGAUGAAAGACCGUCAAAAGCAUGUACUUCACGCAGGCGAACGCGGCACUGUCUAUUUGCGUACCCAGCACAAUGCAACUUCUCAGGCACGAGAUAUCCUCUCGAAUGGGUCGACUGUGUGCAGAGUGGUGACCUCAACGGCAAACUAGACACUCGCAGGCAACACCUCACCAAACCAACCACACCACAGGGCACGCGGCCCCCUGUUUGUGAUUGUAUGGCUGAAACGGUGGAUACUAAGUGGCAUGUUCUGUUGGACACUUCUGCGUAUGUCUCGUGCGCUGAACUAGACCUGACUGCCGUGAGAGCUGAUUUUGUUACUGUGUCAUUUUAUAAAAUGUUUGGGUACCCCACUGGCUUGGGUGCUCUGAUUAUACGCAACGAUGCCUUAACAGACAGCGGCGGUGGUUGUGAGUGUGGGUGUGCGGCUGCUUCUGAUGGUCAGAGUAAUGUACCACCGCAAGUCAGUAGCGUGAAUAACGGCGAUGCACUUCAAAAAUUAGUCAAGCCCAUACGGGUCAAAGAACACACAAACGCGCAAGUUGGGCCGCAUACACCCGCUGCAACGGGUAACGCACUGAAAAGCAUGCAUGUGAAAUCUCCAUUGGGUUGGCUUAACAAGAAGUACUACGGCGGAGGCACAUUGGCCUUAUCUGACAACUCCUCAGGCACACGCGCGUUUGCGAGCAAUCUAGCUACAGCUCUUGAGGAUGGUACAGUCUCGUAUCUGAGUAUCCUGGCACUGAAUAAUGGAUUGGAUGCUCUCCAGAGAGUGGGGGGCAUGAGGGUCAUUAGCAGACAUACGCACACUGUCGCACACUGGUUGUAUUACCAAAUGUCGCAGCUCAGGCACCCACGCACCCAAACGCCGGUUUGUUUGUUGUACACAUCUCCAGAUCGCUGGGAGCUGACCACCGAAACGCGUAUAGAUACACAACAAUCAACACAUGCUACUCAAAUAAGCCCAAAAAAACGCCUAAGCACUGGUAGACAAGGUCCUGUUGUUACGAUGAACCUGUUGGCUGCUGAUGGAUCGGCAAUUGGUUAUGCACACGUGGCGCAAUUGGCCGCUCUCGAGAAGAUCCACGUGCGUACGGGCUGUCUGUGCAACACGGGUGCGUGUCACGACUCUCUUGGGCUGGACCUGCAAGACGUCCUGUCCAAUUAUAGAUCGGGUCAUACGUGUGGGGAUGGGAUGGAUAUACUCAACGGAAGGCCGACGGGAGCGCUGAGAGUGUCGUGUGGGUACAUGAGCACCCUACAGGAUGUCAAAGGCUUUCUGGGGUUCGUGUAUAAGUACUUUGUCGAGGAACGCUCGGACGUACGUUUGCCAAGUAAGAGUGUUUUAGUGGGCGAAACUACUGCCGAGGAGAUAUAUGGUGUGGAAGUGCGCGAGACUCAAACGCAGGAAAAGGAAUGUAAUACAAACGAUCAGGGAAAGGAAACAACGCAACAUGAGCAGCAAGUCUCUCGCGAAACAGGACAGCAACCAACCGUUGCCGCCGACGCGACUGAUAGUUUAACAUGGGAUGCGGAAAUGCUGACCCAAAGCCCUUCGGAGCAAUGCAACGCAGAAACCCACGCACCACUCGCCAGCACACAUCCUGACACGCCCUUAGGUACGUGUGAGGCUACGCUCACACAUGUGUACGUCUACCCGAUUAAGUCAUGUGGUGCCAUGGUGGUACCACAAGGACGCACCUGGGCCAUGACCGCACAGGGACUGGCCUUCGAUCGCAUGUGGAUGGUGGUGGAUGCACUGACGAACAAGCCACUCACCAUGAAGACGCACGACAGCAUGUGUCUGAUCAAGCCCACGCUGGACCUGUAUGACACAUCGGAGGACGGUAUGGACGAUAGUGCGGGGAUAGGCCUGGCUGUGCAGGAGACAACGGCAGGGCCUGGGACAGGCGAGACAGAUGCAAGUGUAGGUGCUGAGGUGGUGUCAGAUUUCAAGGGUGUCACUGUGAAGGGCAACUGCGCACCACGUGCACGAGCGCUCCGACUGAACGCACCGGGCAUGCGCGAGAUUGCGAUACCACUCGACGGACUGGAUGGGAUCAAUGGGCAGACCUCCACGCAUGCCCAUCCACAGACACAAACAGUCACACAAGACUGCCCUCACAUUACUGGGACCACUGUGCGGGUGUGCAACAGGCGUGUGUUGGGUGUAAGGGAGACGAGUGAUGAUGUGCACGCGUGGCUGACGGAGACCUUGGGCGUGCCGUGCAUGCUGGUGCGUUGCGCCAAGGCCAGCAAAUCCGGAAAUGGGCGGACAACUACCACGGCAUCACAAGGUAUUGGCAUGACAUCGCAGGGCAAUGACGGCAAGAACGACUCCCCAUUCCUGGUGGUCAAUGCGGAUAGCGUGCGCGAGAUAGACCGCGUGGCGACGCAGAUGCUCAGCACCACAGCCGCAUUGCCAUGUACAGCAACAGACUACACACCGUCACGCACAGUAGACAUUCAGGCGCUGCAGUUCAGACCCAAUUUUGUGGUGAAGACAGACAUUGAGAGCGAACCCUUUGUUGAAGACAGGUGGACCCAUCUGUCUUUCCCCGCACGGGAGACGACGUCACUGGCGGUCCGAAAAGAGUGUGUCAGAUGUCAGCUGGUGUGCGUUGAUCCGCGCACUGGCGAGCGAUCAAAAGUGCCGCUGCAGGCCUUGGGACUGUGCCGGCAGAAGAAGCUGACUUUUGGCAUGUACUUAAACCUCAUUUCGGAAGUGCGUUUGCCACGCCACCCCCAUAUCGUGGUGUGCGCAGAGUGUUUCGAAGAUAAAGUGGAGCAAACUAGGGCAGCAGCAGUAGCCAUGCAUCACCACAGUCACACAUGUAGCUACAUGUCCAAGCUUGUGCCUGCCGGGGAGGAGACUCACGUACGGUAUAUCUGCCCUGGGGAUGUGGUGCAUAUUAGGAUUAAAGCUGUUGAGGAGCCGAAGGAGAGAAACGACGCUGACCACAGCGAAAGUGAGUGGGACACGGCCAGUAGUCAAAGCAGUAGUGACGAUGAAUACGACAGUGUGAUAGUGAGUGCAGGUCAACCUACUACUGGGGUUGCCGUGAGUACGAGCAAAGCGUGUACGUACCUUGCUGCGUCUACUAAUGAGAGACACACGGUGGAUGAAAAGCGACAAGAGCGGCGAAACGAAGGAGAGAAUAUGUGCAUGAAUGAUUCAACACGGGGAAUGGAUCAAGAAAUUGUGCAGGGGAUGCCAACUGUCGCAAAUGCAGCACAAACAACACCUGUUACGAUUACUGACAGGGGAAAGGGCGAAGUGAGUGGUAGCGAGGAUAGUUCAGAAGGCGUGUCGGAGAAUGUGACAUAUCUAGACACAGAUUCGGAUACCUAUUCGGACGAAGAUUCAGAUCUAUCCAAAGACUACUACGACGACGAUGGUUGAAAUUUAGAUUGAUUGUACCUUAAAGUUAGCCUUUAAAAAAGGAGAUACGAAUUAGAUCAACGAGUGACCGAUGGUUCGGGAAAGCGCUACGUACUAUUGUAUGAUGCAGAAUACGACAUAAAAAUUAGGGA